AUGGGCAAAAUAUCCGCAAAAACUCACACAUUUGUUCGAGGACAUGUGCCUUGUGAUGGUACAUGUUUAUAUUGGUCUGCUUUGACAAUAUUCAAGCAACCUUUAAUGGAAAUAUACAAUGAAGAUUUACGUCUACAUACGGCCAAUUAUAUUCGUAAACAUGAAGAAACCCAUUAUGCAAUUUUCAACAAUAGUACUAAAUAUAGCACGGUUGAUGCAUAUUGUUCGGCAAUUGAAGAAGGAGAAUUAUGGGGUGGUGAUCUUGAACUUCGAGUUCUAUCCAAUAUAUAUAACACAAUAAUUUGUUUAAUUACCAAAACGGAAGAAAAUGGAAACAGUUUUGUAUGGUCGUUAUUCUAUGGUGAAAAUAAUUCAUCGAUAACAACGUAUAUUUGUAUAUUACAUGAUGUACAACAAGCACAUUAUGAUCCAUUAUAUGUAAUGAAUAUUGAAAAUACAAAUGAACAAGAAACAAUUUUCGAACUAAAUGAUAAUAUAGUACAAGAACUUCUUGCAAAUUUUAUUCGAAACGAACUCAAAUAUGAUAGUUAUGUAAGAUUAGAUCCUAUGACUAAUGUCAAUGUGAAUGAACUACCAUCUACAAUGAAUGAUUUGAAUGAUACUGAAGAAAUAUUGAAUUCGACUCUUGAAAAUUUACCAACAAAACGAAAAUUAGACGAACAUGAUAAAAUUGUACUUGGUAAAGAUAAUGAAAGACAAUUACCAAUAGAAAUAUCCAAAGAAUAUUAUGUUUCAUAUAAACGAACAAAAUCUGCUGAAGAUGCUAGUAAUGAUAAUGAUUUGAAUUCGACAAAUUUCAAUGAAUGUUUACAAAUCGAUAUGUCUAAUGAUAUAUCUGGCUUAAUGAUGAAGAAAAAUUCAAUAGAAGAAUGUUCAAAAAUUUCUAAUAAUGAACAUCAAAAAGAAAAAACAAAUUUAAAAGAAAUAUCGGCUAAACAAAUGGAUGAUGAUAGUCAAAAUCAUCAACAUAAUUGA